UCCUCCUCCUCCCUCGCCGUGCGCUCUGGUCCUCCUCUGCGCGCUCUGGGUCUCGCCUCGGACAAACCGCGUCGGAAGGCUGGAUCACCAAAAGUCCGCCGAUUCGGUUUAGAGGUACCGGGACUGGGGGCCGGAUAGGUUCGGUGUUUGUUUGUCUGGGGAGUGGGGUUUUGAAUUUUUGAGUUUUUAGGGUUUUUUUGCUACUCAAUCAUGGAGGCUCUCAGGGGUCUCUUGCUGUGCGUUUUCCUGGCUGGAGCGCAACCGCAGGUCCAAAGACAAAGAUUUGCGGAGUGUCCGGUUGAUCUUUUCUUCGUAUUGGAUACAUCUGAAAGUGUUGCCCUCAGGCAGAGACCUCCAGACUUUUAUAUUGACCAGAUCAAAAAAUUCACCAGGAACUUCAUAGAUGAACUCAAGGACAUGCGCCACCAAUGUGACCGCAUCCUGACGUGGAACGCAGGAGCACUGCACUACAGUGACGAAAUCAAAAUUGUGCGAGAGCUCAGUGACCUGGCAACUGAUCGACAGGCCCUGAAAAAUGAUAUUGAUACCAUCAAAUACAUCGCCAAGGGCACAUACACUGACUGUGCCAUCAAAAGGGGCAUUGCUGAGCUGCUCAUUGGGGGUUCCCACUACCAUGAGAACAAGUACAUCGUGGUAGUGACUGAUGGCCAUCCUGUUACUGGUUACAAAGAGCCAUGUGGAGGAGUGCAGGAGGCUGCUAAUGAAGCCAGGCAACAUGGAGUCAAAGUGUUCGCUGUCGCCAUCACACCUGAUCAGGAGGACACCAGGCUGUCAGUCAUUGCCACAGACAAGACCUACAGACAGAACUUCACCGCUGCAGAUGGCAGCUUCUCCAACCAAAUCUCGACCAUUCGGACCAUCGUCGAUAUUAUUACAAACGAGACAAAGGAUGUGUGUUGCUCUUUUGACUGCAAUGCUCCAGGAGGGCCCAAAGGUCCAGACGGAGGGACUGGCGCAAAGGGAGAAAUAGGUAGACCAGGAAUGCCAGGAGAGAAGGGAGAUGUUGGUGUCAUGGGUAAUCCUGGCGAUCCUGGUCCAGUUGGUUACAGUGGAAUGAAGGGAGACCGCGGUGGCAGAGGAGAUAAGGGUGAAAGAGGACACAAAGGCUACAAGGGAGACAAAGGUGAAAGGGGAAAUGAUGGAAUUGAUGGACGCAAGGGUGAAGUUGGUUUCGCUGGUCUUCCUGGCUGUAAAGGAUCUCCCGGAUCAGACGGCGCACAGGGAGAGUCUGGACCAAAGGGAGACCCUGGUCCUUAUGGAAAGAAAGGAGAAAAAGGAGAUCAUGGAAGAGACGGUGACCCAGGAAGGCCUGGAAACUAUGGACCGCUGGGACCUCAGGGUGAUCGGGGCCCUCCUGGCGCUAAUGGGGACAAAGGAGAGCGCGGUGAUGAUGGUCAACCUGGACCGGAUGGACUACCUGGCGAAGGAGGACAAAUUGGAGAGAAGGGUGAGCAAGGUUCCCGUGGAAACAGAGGUCCAAGAGGAGAGCCGGGGGAGCCAGGACCCCGUGGAGAGCAGGGGAGGGAGGGCUCAGCUGGUCCCAACGGUGACCCUGGUGAGCCUGGCAGACCCGGGUCUCCUGGCUACAGAGGAGAUGAAGGCCCACCUGGACCAGAGGGACCCAAGGGACAGAGAGGAAUCAAAGGAGCUCCAGGAGACAGAGGCCAGAUUGGGGAGAGGGGAGAAGAUGGUGUCCCAGGAAAUGGCACUGAAGGGUGUUCUGGUUUCCAGGGUUAUCCUGGGCCCCGCGGAGACCCUGGUGAGCCGGGUGGCAAGGGAACCCCUGGACCCAAAGGAGAUGACGGAGAGCCUGGAGACCCUGGCCUUGAUAACAACGAACCAGGGCCUCAAGGAGCUAAAGGGGCCAAAGGUCACAGAGGACCUGAGGGUAGAUCGGGACCUCCUGGGCCUCCUGGACCACCGGGAACUGAUGAAUGUGAAAUUCUGGAUAUCAUCAUGAAGCUCUGCUCCUGCUGUGAGUGUAAGUGUGCACCUAUGGACCUGGCGUUCAUUGUGGACAGCUCAGAGAGUAUCGGUGCCACAAACUUUGCUCUUGCCAAAGACUUUAUCAUCACGGUCAUUGACAGACUGGUCAAAGACCAGCAAGUCAAGUUUGCACAUAAUGAGUCCAUGCUGAGUGUGGUCCAAUACAGUGGAUCACAAGCCCAAGAAGUUGUCAAACUGGGCACUAGCCUCACCGAAUUUAAACAGAGAGUGAAAGACAUGCGCUGGCUGGCCGAGGCCACAUACACAGGCGAGGCCCUUGGUUUUGCCCUGAACAACAUAAUCAACCUUAAUAGGCACGAGAACAAAAUCGUUCUCGUUCUCACCGAUGGCCGCUCCGAUAUUUCAAGGGAUCCGGUUCCCCUCAACGUACUCUGUAGGAACAACAUCCGGGUGGGUGGUUUAGGAGUGAUAGACUACUCAGGCCGUGAGCCCAACCAGGAGCAGAUUGAUGAUUUGGGGUGUAGAGGUGACCCCAAACCAGGCUUUACUCGCAUUGUAAAUAACUAUGCUGAGCUGCUAGAUGACUCUUUCCUGCAGAACCUCACAUCCACAAUCUGUCAAGAAAAGAGAUGUCCAGACUACAAAUGUCCAAUCACUUUCACUGAAGGUGCUGAUAUUUUGAUAAUGAUGGACAGCUCAGCCAGUGUGGGCCAGAAGAACUUCGAGAUCAGCAAAACCUUUGUCGAACAUUUGGCCGAGCGUUUCCUGAAGGCAGAGAAGGCGAGGGGUGCUACUGUGAGAGUGGGUGUGGGCCAGUAUAGCCGAAAUGCCAACAUUGAGCAGGUGCUGACCACCAAUCUUACCCUGCUGUCUCAUCACAUUCAAGAGGUCUCCUUCCUAAAUGAUGGCACCAACGUGUUAGAGGCCAUGGAAUUUGCUAUUAGGAUUUUACGUGGCCGUGGAGACGCAUCAGGAGGCAUCAAGAAGCUGGUGCUGUUCUCUGAUGGCAGAUCUCAGGCCGUCACCAAGGCCGGGUUGGAGAAGCAUGUUGUCGAGGUAGCAGACGCCGCGGUGGAGCUCUAUGUCAUCGCUGUUGGCAGCCAGGUCAAUGAGGCCAACCUACGCACAUUGGUGAGCAGGGGGCGGCCGGAUGACAUCACCUAUGCCCAGCGCCACCUCUUCCGUGUCCCAGACUACCCCUCUCUGCUCCGUGGGGUCCUCUCCCAGACCGUCUCACGCAGGGUGUCCAUGCGCUAAAUACAGGGCCCCAAACAACAGGACCAACACGCUUUAGAUUUUUAGUUCCAUUAUCAAUAUUCAGUCUCAGUCCUUUGCCAUACACUGUGUUCAAUAAAGAGUAAUGUCACAAAACGACAAAUGAUUGUGCAGCAGAAAAAUGGAAAUUUCUUCUUGAUAUGUCCAUGAGAAUAUGUCCUUUUUUACCCUGAGUUAAGCCUCCAAGGAAGACUAUCUCAGGCUGUGUACAAAAUCCACCUUCUAUGCUUGGACCAUUAGCCCAUAACCCAGGUGAUGGUACCAUUUCAGAAGGGGUCACUUCAGUCCCAGAGAGCCAUCAGAAAUGGCCGUAUCUAAACUUAUUUCUAGCUUUCACCAGCAUUGGUCCGAUUUCUACUCAGGUAUUCUGCAUCCCUGUAUCACUAUCCGCUUUGAUUUACUAUUUAGAAGGCUACACUCUUGUUUCUCUAGGACUAGAGCUCCUGCCAUUUGAAGGAUUGUGUUUAGGGUCUAAUGUGGAGUUUUUUUCUUAGCUCUUACCAUUAUUACACUUAAUACAAGUGCU